CGUCGAGUUGGAUGACUUCACACGUCCGAGUCGAGGAUUGAGAGAAGGGGAGUGGGAGUAGAUGUCAUCUUCCUCUGUUGAUAGGUCGGCUUUCGCUUUCCUGUUGGAUGGACAUGAUAUCCUUAGAAAGGUGGCAUCAUACAUGUGAAAGAUUCCGUGGCUAAACGGAGAAUAUUGGUGUUCAUGAAUCAAGAACAUCUCGCACUGGUCACGAAGGAAUCAGGAUAGGGAACUUCAUUAUUGGGCUUGAACAUCGGAGACCGAGUGCACACUACCUAUGGAAAUUGGCACACUACCUAUGGAAAUGGCCUAUGUAGACUGCUGCUGCGAGGUGCGAAUUGACUACUGCAACGUGCUAAGAAGGGAGACGGGAUAUGUAAACGCAGGUACAUCACACAUGGAAUUUCUGACGAACCAGAUGGUCUGGAUGCCAUGCUCAAGGGGGUUUGCUGCAGAUAUUUUUUUAGCAUACGACCAACCAACAGCCAGUACCUAUGGUCGCAGGAGAAAUAUCCUUUUUAUAUCUUUUUCCCCAUCCUCAGCCCAGGAUUCCAUUAUUAUUAUCCCAUUCCAAUGAUGUUUAUUUACCAAAAGCAUUGAUUUACAUUGAUUUACAUUGAUUUACCCACGCUGUCGGAACCAGACAAACUCCACUCGGGCAGUAAUCCCAUGCCACCACGUCUAUGAUCGACAAUUAUUGGGAAAGACAGACAGUGUCAAGGGUCAUCAACACCACACUCCGAAUCCGGAUCCAUGAAUAGCGAUUCAUAGCCCCAGAUUCUAAUCUCCAUCUCCAUCUCCAUCUCCCAUUCCCAUUCCCAUUCUCAUUCUCACUCAAACGUCGGCUCUGGCCCGACGCAAGGCCAACUCUCUUUCCAAAACUCGCCUCCUCGAUACCAGUGACCAGUCCAAGGUGCAGGGCCAACCCCAACAGCAGCAAUAACGCGACGGGGACGGAUGGAAAUCCGAGCCAAAAAAUCAAGAACCAAGAACCCAAGCUGACUCCAGUCUCCACCAUCCCCCUCCACAAUUCCACCAUUGUGAAGCGGAGACGGCUGCUGUGCUGCUGCUCUUCUGCGUGCUGCACCGUGCAAAAAAACGAGGGCGGACGACGCCAAAGGGCAAAGUGGAAGGGCUCGUGGAGCGACUCGAGCGUGCAUUGCAUUGCGUUGACUGUGCGUUUUGGGGGGGAAAAGAGCGUGCGCGCUGCUGCUACCAUCUACCUACUCCGUACCUACCUUCGUACCUUCGCGUUCCUGCUUGCCUCGCCUCGCCUCGCCUUACUGCACACGCCGCCGCUACGCUUCAAGUGGAAUUUAUUUUUGAUUUCUCUCCUCCGAGGACCAUCCAGUUCGCGUGCUAGCUGCCGGCUCGUCUCUAGCCUGUCUUUGCCGAACCGACAAACCUAGAUUGAUUGCUCUGAUCCCAUGGCUGAGCCCGAGGACGUGUAUUAAACUUCUCUACCAUACAUGUUACCCCCCAGCACCGAAUCAAGAGGCCCAGAAUCCUAAAGGAAGAGCACCUACAGUACACCCAGCAAGACAAGCACAAGCCCAAGCAAAGGCACAGGCAAAGGCACCUUUGACGGCCGCUUCGGGAUUUGGACACUUCUGGAUCAGGAUCUGUGACUUGGAGGCACAUUGAGUGAGAGGGGUCGUUGGUUUGAGGCUCGCCGCCGCAUCGCAUCUCGUACUGUAACGCACGCAGUACGGCCCAGCCCAGCCCAGCCCAGAAUAUAGGAGAAGGGACCUGGAGAUCAAGCCGCAAGAGAAUCGAAGGUUUUCACAUUUCAAGACUGUCAAGUUUCAACGAUCAACGCCUCUCCUCCUACAACCUUUUUUGUGAAUCGCGGAAAUGCCAAAUUCGAGGACCUCCUCGCAAAGGUAAGUCGUAGCCCUCCUAUCAUCUGAUCUCGGAUCUCUCUUCAUCUCUUCUCAUGGCAAUUGGAAGCCUCAAACUUUGCUAAUCAUGGGAUGAUGAUUCACAGGAGAGAUUUUAACAUUGUCGUUCUCGGGGCUGGUGCGUGACUUUUUUGCCCCCUUUCCAUCUUUCUUUUUUCGGACUUUUGCCUGGUGGCUUUUUUUGGCCUCCUCUGGGCAGGCACUGCGCAGCCUGGCUGACACAUUUUUACUCUACAGGUGGUGUUGGCAAGAGCUGCCUCACUGGUAAGGCCCCAAAUCCUGUCAUCUACACUUACCCCUGAAUGGCCCCCAACUAACAACUUCUCAUAGCACAAUUCGUCCAAAAUGUCUGGAUUGAGAGUUACGACCCGACAAUUGAAGAUUCCUAUCGGAAACAGAUUGAUGUCGAUGUAAGUAUCACCAUUUCCGAUUUCAAAGUGAUCGUCCCUCUUUUUGGCCACCGGACUGACGUGUCAUAGGGCCGCCAAUGCAUGCUUGAGAUGUAGGGAACUACUCUUCUUUUUUUCUUUACUCAUUUUUCCGACCGGAAUGUUACAAUCAGACCCACCACUCACUCUUUUUCUAGUCUGGAUACCGCAGGAACGGAACAAUUUAGUAAGUCCUUACCCCCUCUCGGUCACGUGACACACACUAAUUGUUAAUAGCUGCGAUGAGGUAGUCUUUAUCCCUUUCAACCCCCAUCAUCCCCCAAGUUAACAUUUCUUCUAGAGAAUUGUACAUGAAAACCGGCCAAGGCUUCCUCCUCGUAUUUUCCAUCACCAGUCAGAGCAGUUUAUACGAACUAGCCGAACUACGGGAACAAAUUAUUCGUAUAAAAGACGAUGAAAAUGUACCCAUUGUGAUUGUGGGGAACAAAUCGGAUUUAGAAGAUGACAGGGUGGUCAGUCGAUCAAAGGCUUUUAGUGUGAGUCAGAGUUGGGGGAAUGCGCCGUAUUACGAGACGAGUGCUAGGAGGAGGGGUAUGUUCUUUUAUUCCUUCUAAUCUCCUAAUUCUCCCUUUCCCUUAAAUUCAUUUCUACAUAAGAGGGAGGUAUUGACAUGGACCCAAGCAAACGUCGAUGAAGUAUUCAUCGAUCUCUGUCGACAAAUCAUCCGUAAAGACAACGCGACGUUCCCCUCCUUGGAAGACCAGGCGCUGGUCCAGAGGGAAGUCCGAAAACACAAUGGUCAGUACCGAAAAACCGGACGACGAAAACGGGUCAUGAGGGAGGGGGAGAAGGGGGGUUGUACGAUCUUAUGA